UUCCAGCAUGUUAAAUUGCUUUGGAGACCAUAGGAAGCAGACCAGAUGCCCUGCCAUACAAGUGCCUACUGCUUUGUAGAAAUAUGGUUUGCACCUUGGAGGUUAAUUAUUUACGUAAUAAGUGCUAAAGAGUUUACUAAGCCUUUGAAUUAAGGCCAAGCAAAUUGAGAAUCCAAACUUGAUAGGAGCUCUUGGACACUACUCAAUAUGAACACUAUCACUAGUGUUUUCCAUUAAUACUGUGACUUGGCAGAGACUGCUCUAGUAGAAAAAACAUACAGGCAGUCCUCAGAUUUAUGACACAACUGGUUCCUGAAAACUGCGUCUUUUAAGUCGAAAUGUUGUAACUCAGAACCAAUUUUCUCAUAAGAAACAACGUUAUAAAUGGGGGAUUGGUUCCUGAACCGCAGCCUGAUACCCUAUUUUCACCAAAAAUAUCCCAGAAUUUUGUAUUUGAUCAAUUAUAGAUGAGUAGUAUAGCUACAUUAAUGUAUUUAUAUUGUAAAUAGCAAUCAUAUUGAUUUGGAAGGACUUCUUUGAGGUGACUUUGCUGGACUUUUUGAAGGGUUCUUGGCUAGAGUCUUGUCAGGAGUCUUGACUGCAGGUUUUCCUGGAGUUUUACUUCUUUCUUAAAGAAAGUGUCCAAGGAAGUUUGCACAGAUGUGCUCCAGGUAGAUGAGCACGCAGAGAACUUGUUAGCUGGCAUAGCGUUGCAUCGGAUCAAGCGUUGUAAGUCGAAACUGAUAUCAUAAAGUUGAAACGGUGUCAAUUUCUAAACGUAAGUGCAAAAUGUAGUAACUCAAAAUGUUGUAAGUUGAGGACUGCCUGUACAGCAGUAAUCCUUCCAAGGAGAGAGUCAGGUCUGCAGACUAUUAGGCAGAAUCUAACUCUAGGAAGUGUCGGUCUCUAAAGCUGUGUGUGUGUUUGUGUGUGCGUGUGCAUAUACCUACAUGCAGGCAUAUACCUACUCUUGUCCUGUGAUACAUGAAAUUAGAUAUCCUCUUUCUGAAUAUUCAACACCUGAAUAUGUGCAAAUAACAUACCGUGUACACAUAAAACCUCAAAUAUACAAAAUCCAAUUUUUAUUCUUUUGACCACGAGGAAAAAGAGUUUCCAAUAGGAAGCCUGGCUUCCAUGUAUGUGAGAGAAAGCUUUGGAAGCAAUAAUAAAAAAUGACCUUUUAAUGUGUAGUCUUGAGCAGUUUUAUAAAAGCCCCAUAACAUUUUGGUUCACAAAGAUAAAAACCCAUGAAUUGAGUAAAUUGACUUAAUGUUGUUAUUCUCUCUGUUUUAUCAGUCUCUAGACCCUGUUACUAUUGGAUACAGUAUAUGUUGCAAUGCUGUAAAAUAGCUGAAUCUAGUCUAUAACACAUUUUAAAAUUAUAUCUCUGAAUUGUAAUCUCUCCUGGAAUAUGGCAGGCACAGUGUACAUUUUUGAACUGCACAGAAUUUGCAUAAAAGCAGCAGCUACUUAUGCACGUCAGACUGGAGGUCAGGUGCUUAUGACUCAGUGGAUAGAUAGAUGUGUCUGUCUCUCUGAACACAGAUGGAGUUAUCUUACAAAUGUAGGAGCAUGGAGCAAAGCCCAGGGGGAGUGUAUUCCUGCACAAAGCAACCACGUCAGAGUAGAACUAAUAUGCAAUCCAAUGGGCAGAGAUUCUGGUAGCAGCUUUCAUGUGAUGGGAGCUUGCCUAAGAUAUAAAAGUACUGACAAGCAGAGAGAGAACAGUACAUCCCAAGUGAAGGGCAGCAGUGUGCUGGGGCUCUGUGUGCUUGCUUCAUCUACAAUAAUUACCACGUUCUAUUUUGAGACCUGAAGAUUGCUUGCACUAAAGAAAGCAAACUAUUGAUCUUCAAAUCUCCCAUAGAUGGGCUCGCAGUGCAAUACUGUAGAUAAGUUAUUUCUAAACCUGAACAACGCUGCAGCUUAUCAGACAUGGUUUCUCAUUACAUCUGGCUCUCUCUCCCAUCUUUAGUUAAUGCCUUUGAAAAACCAGGUACAUCACCCAUCAAUGGAAGUUUUGAAGGAACUCUUGGAAUCCCCAACAUCUCGAGUUUCUUUUCCUGGGAUAACUACACCCUUGCUGAGUGGCAGCACUUUGUGGGCAGGAGCAGAUAUGGAGCAGAGUCCCAGAAUCUGACAGUGAAAGCCCUGCUGGUUGCGGCAUACUCCUUCAUCAUUGUGUUCUCGCUCUUUGGGAACCUCCUGGUGUGUCACGUCGUGGUCAAGAACAAGAGGAUGCAAUCUGCCACCAGCCUGUUCAUUGUAAAUCUGGCCGUGGCAGACAUAAUGAUCACGCUUCUCAAUACUCCCUUUACUUUGGCUCGUUUUGUGAACAGUACCUGGAUCUUCGGGAAACGAAUGUGUCACGUCAGUAGGUUUGCACAGUACUGCUCUCUGCACGUCUCUGCCCUAACCCUCACAGCAAUUGCAGUGGACAGGCACCAGGUUAUCAUGUACCCAUUGAAACCUCGCAUUUCCACUGCAAAAGGUGUUGUCUACAUCUCUGUUAUCUGGAUCAUGGCCACCUGUUUCUCCCUCCCGCAUGCUAUCUACCAAAAAUUAUUCACUUUUGAAUACAGUGAAGAAGUUAUCCGCUGCCUGUGUCUCCCAGAUUUCCCUGAACCAGCUGAUCUCUUCUGGAAGUAUCUGGACCUAACAACCUUCAUCUUGCUCUAUGUUCUGCCCCUUUUGAUCAUCUCUGCUGCCUACCUAACAGUGGCCAAGAAGCUUUGGCUGCGCAAUGCUAUAGGGGAUGUGACUACAGAACAGUAUUUUGCCCUUCGUAGAAAGAAUAAAAAGACCAUUAAGAUGCUGAUGUUGGUAGUUGUCCUCUUUGCUGUUUGCUGGUUCCCAUUAAAUUGCUAUGUCGUCCUCCUUUCCAGCCAGACUAUUCACACCAACAAUGCCUUAUACUUUGCUUUUCACUGGUUUGCAAUGAGCAGCACCUGUUACAACCCCUUCAUUUACUGCUGGCUCAAUGACAAUUUCAGGUUGGAACUGAAAUCUUUGCUCAACAUGUGUCGAAAACCCCCUGGGCCAAAAGAGCACAAGCAUCCAUCCGUGGUUCCCUCCUAUAAAGUAGCCUGGCCAGAAAACAGCAACUGCAAGAAGUUUCAGGUCUCCCACGGGCUUCCCUCAAUCUCUAAUAGCCAACUGGGGAAGACAGACAUCUCUUCAGUUGAACCUAUUGUUGCUGUGAGUUAAAUGAGGUAACAAUAUGAGUGGUUGUGGGGGAAGUAUCAGGAUUCACCAAGAACUGAAGAUUUACUACAGGGCACAGACAAAAGUACAUUGUAAAAGGCCCCUUUGUGCAGGUAACUCUGACUCACAGGAGGCAAUGCACUUCCACCAGAAAGAGUAUGCACAACCACAUCCAGCCAGAAUGAACUCUCACAGAAGAAGUAUAAAGGACAGAAAUACAAAUAUCAGUAGGAGUACAAUUCUCACAGACGAACUGCUCCCUUUCCGACCUCGAACUCAAGGGAAAUCUACCUAAUAAAAGAUGAGUUUGGGACAAAAUUUCAUCAGCUGGCUGAACGCUAAGCAGCAAGGACUGAACACUGAUAUGAACUUUAUGGCACUCUACAGUCUACCUGAUUCCUGAAAUUCUUCCUUCACAUUACAGGUGAUAAUGACCCAUCUCCCUUCUGAUAGGUCUUGAUGUCCCAGUUAACUGUGUGUUUGCUACCCUAUAGGAAUUUCUCUCCCCAUCCAAUUUCACAGCUCCCUCAGUUUGUCAUCAUUGCUGUGCAUGCUUCCCUCCCCUGACCUGAAUUCAUAGACAUUAAGGGUUGGAAGGCACCUUGGAGGCUCAUUGAGUCCAGCCCCCUGCCCCACGGGCAGGAAGUCAGCAGGGAUCAUAGGAUCCCAGCAAGAUAAACAUCCAAAUGUGUCUUGAAGGCGUUCAAAGUGGGUGCUUGAACCGCCUCCGGCGGCAGUCUAUUCCAAACCUUGGGGGCUCGGACAGUGAAGAAAUUCUUUCUUUUGUCCAGCCUGAAUUGGUCACAGUGGAGUUUGUGACCGUUUGAUCUUGUCAUCCCUUGGGGUGCUCUGGUGAACAGACAUUCCCCCAGAUCCUGAUGAGCACCCCUAAUAAACUUAUAGGUGGCCACCAGAUCACCCCUGAACCUACACUUUUCCAGGCUGAAUAGCCCAGGCUGAUGCAGAAUGCUUUCCAUUCGAAAGCUUGUCUAACUUUAUCCCAGCCAUGCAGUUGGUCCAAUACAAAUUAUCACCUGCAAAAUUCCUUACCUCUGACAUCUUUAAAGCAGACUGGCAGAAAAUAUACAUGCAGCUUCCAAAUGAAAUAAAGACAGUAACCCCCCUGAGGGGGUAGACAACUUUUGUCCAAUUGUCUUUCAACUGUUUGGCAACACAGUACCCUCUGGGCUGGAUUUUGUUCCAUAGAAUAGUGCCUAAGCAUGAUCCUAUUCCACCCUGAAAAACCAUCAAUGCAAAAGGUGAUUUGGGUCCAUCUCCUCAGUGGCAAUGCAUAGGGGGUGCACAGGAGUGCACGUACACUCGCUGAGAGCACUGGUGUGCCCCUGACACCCAGCGUUCCCUGCUUAGGCAACAGGUGGGGGGGUGCAGGUGGGAGCGCUGGUGCCCCCCUUAGUGCCAGCCAGGGAGUGGGAGCACCAGAAGAAGUGCCCUGGCUAUUCCAGGUUGGCACAAUCAGCUGUGGGGGGAACUCCUCCCAGGUUGCUGAAUGGCUGCUGGGCGGGGGGGGGAAGUGCUCCUCCUGACUCAGGAGAUACCAGUUGCCCAUGCAUCUCUUUUCACUUUUCUGUGACUCUUGUCUUAAGGAAGGUGUGUUACAAAGACAGAUGUACUUAAUUUUUUUCCCCAGAGAUUUAAUUAGAGCAAAAUAGGAUCUGGCCCUCACUGCAUGUGUAAUGUGUUAUCCAUGGAUAAUGUACUCUGUUAGCCUUAGUUGUAGCCUUUUACCUGUGAGACUUUGUAAGUGUGUGAUGCCUACUGUUGAGCCAGGACCAUAGCAUUGCAACCACGGUCUAUAUACAUCAAAACUUAUUCUUAAAAAUAUUUUGGGGUGAACAUACAAUUGCUACUGAGACUAUUCAUCUUUGGUUGCUGGCUUGCAUCCAGUCCAGUAUAACAGUGAUAGAAUGAUGAUACCCUAAAAUGGUGGAUUGCCUUAUUGACCUCUGCAGUGUAUUCAGUCAUAGUUCAUUUCCAAGUCAAUGGGUGCAUCUAGCAGUGUGCUUUAAUGUAUUUACUGCACCUUAAAGCAUCAUGGCAAACAAAUGCUAAUAUGUUAAUACACAGUAAAAAUAGGCUACUGUGCAUUAAGAGUUACGAAAAAGCAUGCACUUUUGGUACUGUGCAGUAGGGCAGCCUAAUGCACAUUUAUUUAGUGCCUUACAUUAGAGGUACUAAAUUUAAUGCACAUUAGGAAAAGCACAUUAAUGAAUGUGUAGCUGCACCCAGUGAGUAUCUGUGUCACAAAUCUGUCACCCAAGUUAGCAUCCCUCUUGGGAAUCAUCAGAGAGGUCAUAGGUUGGAUAGACCCCCAGGGUAGGAGUGAGCAUCACUUCCCUCGGAAGUUGGUUCCAGAUCCUAGCUGCCCUGACUGUGAAGUAGUGUCUCCUGAUGUCUAGCCUGAAUCUAUUCUCCGUCAACUUAUGGCCAUUAUUCCUUGUUACCCCCGGUAGUGCUCAGGGGAACAGGGACUCUCCCAUUGCCUGCUGGUCCCCCUUAGCCAGUUUAUAGAUGGCUACCAGAUCCCCUCUCAGCCUUCUGUUGUGGAGGCUGAACAGGUUCAGGUCUCGUAGCCUCUCCUCAUAGGACCUGCCCUGCUGACCCCUGAUCAUGCUGGUGGCCCUCCUCUGGACCCUCUCGAUGCUGGCCACAUCCCUCCUGAAGUGCGGUGCCCAGAACUGGAUGCAGUACUCCAACUGUGGCCUGACCAGUGUCGCAUAGAGGGGGAGGAUCACCUCCUUGGACCUGCUCGUGAUGCGUCUGUGGAUGCACACCAAGGUGCGGUUAGCUUUCCUGAUUGCAUCCCCACACUGUCAGUCCAUGUUCAUUUUGGAGUCUCUAAUGGCUCCAAGUUCCUUUUCUGCCUCUGUGCUGACAAGAAGGGAGUUCCCUAGCCUGUAGGUGUGCUGCUGGUUCUUCCUCCCUAGGUGCAGUACCUUGUACUCAUCAGUAUUGAAUCCCAUCUUAUUCUCAUCCGCCCACCCCGUCACCUGUCCAGAUCCAGUUGCAGCCUGUCCCUCCCUUCUAGCGUGCCCACUUCUCCCCACAUCUUAGUGUCAUCUGCAUAUUUGAACAGGGUGCUUUUCACCCCCUCAUCCAAGUCGCUGAUGAAGAUGUUGAACAGUGAGGGCCCGAGGACCAAGCCCUGGGGGACCCCACGGCCCAUAGCCCUCCAGGUUGAAAAUGACCCAUCCACCACCACUCUCUGGAUGUGGCCCUCCAGCCAAUUGGCAACCUGUCUGACUGUGUAGGCAUCGACACCACAAUCUCCUAAUUUUUUAACUAGAAUGGGGUGAGAGACAGUGUGGAAGGCCUUCCUAAAGUCCAGAAAGACUACAUCCACUGCGACACCUGCAUCCAAGGAUUUUGUGACCUGGUCAUAGAAGGCCACCAGGUUGGUCUGACAGGACCUGUCUCUAAUGAACCCAUGUUGGUUGCCCCUAAGCAUACACUCCCCUGAAGCUUAUACAUCAUUGUGGUCAUGUGGUAUCUAAUAAAUUGUGCAACUUAGCUUUUGAAUUUACCUUUGAGUUUUGUUCCCUUGGUACAUUUGAUCUCAGAUAAGAGGCUGGUGGGCUGUGUCUGUCUUCUUUCUACUUAGAUGCCUUAGUUCUUGGGAACUGCACACACAGAUGUAUAGCUUUAAAAUUGCAGGACAAAUAGUGUUAAUAACAUCAAGAACAGAAGAGGAACUUUUUCAGCAAGGUGGCCCAUGCUGACUGAAAAUUUUUGUUGCACAGUGAUGAAUGCGAGAAAAACGUACACUAUAUCCUUGCUGGUGUUUUGUUUAGAAUCAGGUCUGAUUGUGACAGUCAGGAUUUCAGCACCUCAAGGUCUAAACCACAGGGAGUAUGUUUCUGAGCAGGACAACACAGAAGCCUCCAGAAACUACUUUGCUAUUGCACGCAAAUUGUUUCCCAAGUGCUCAUGCUGGGGUAAUCAGCUAGUUAUCAUUGCUGCAUUGCUACUCAAAGGUGCCUCAUUCUGCAUUAAACUCCCAGCAGUUGACAGUAAGGAGAGAGAGAGAAAUGUACUGUUGUUUUUAAAUAAGCAUUAGAAAGUUUCACUCAUGUCCUGUAAUUUAUAUUGUGAAACCAUUUCCAGAUGCUUUUAACUUGUACAAGUUUUUCAUUGCUAUGUAUUUACAAAGAAUAAAGUAUAGCUAGCAAAUCUGUAUACA